AUGCUUAUACGUGCUGUCACAGAUCUGCUGGACAAGACGAGCAAACCUGCAUCAGAGAGUGGUGGGUACCGCCGCCUACGCAUAUUCUCAGGUACUGUGCCUACUCCGGCUGGAGAGGAGCAGUUUGACCACUGGUUGGAACAAGCUUACCUGAUGGUUGAAGAAAGUGAUGGUUCUGACAAAGAUAAAAGGAGAAGGAUCAUGGAAAGUUUAAAAGGCCCUGCUCUUGAACUAAUCAAAGCUAUACGCCUUUCUGAAGCUGAUGUCUCUGCAGACAAGUGUUUGGAAGCCCUUGAGAGUGCUUUUGGCCUAGCUGAGUCUGGGGAUGACCUGUAUUUCUCCUUCAGACUAUUACAACAGCAACCAGGUGAAAAGCUGUCAGACUUCCUGAGAAGGUUAGAACGCGCCCUGGCCAAAGUUGUGCAGCGAGGUGGACUACUGGCUAAAGACAUGGACAGAGCGAGAGUCGACCAGUUACUGAAAGGUGCGGUGAAUGCUGACUUAAUGCUGUUACAGCUCAGAUUAAGAGAAAGAAAAGCCAAUCCUCCAAUGUUCCUUGAGCUACUGAAAGAAAUCCGUAAAGAAGAAGAGUAUGAAGCUUCCAAAGUAAAGCUGAAACAGUCGGUUCACACAGUCCAUGCCAAAGUUCAAGCUGAACACAAGCAAACAGAAAUCCAAAAUCUAAGAGCGGGAUUAAAGAAGUAA